AUGCCAUCUCAUUAUCUUAUUAUUUUCAAUGAUAGCGAGUCAAGAUUUGAUGUUGAAACAACUUCGCCUGAAAUGCGCAAUCGAGAUUUUGAAAGUCGUUUUUGUGGUCAUCGAGCUGUUAUGCAUGGUCAUAUUAUUCAAGAUGGAAUACUCUGGGGAACAUUAGAACCUUGCGUAUUUGAUCAUCCUGGCCAAUGGACACAAAAUGAACAUAUAUUCAUUGAAAAUUUACUAUCUUUAUUGCCAAAUCAUGUUAAAGAAUAUGUCAUGAAAGUGCAGAUUGACGAAUUAGAGCAACCAUCGUAA